AUGUUGAUUCUUCUGGAGCCAAUAUUAGAAAGACUUCCGCCAUCGGAAAAAAUUACCAUUACUUCAGAAAAUGUUAAGCUUAGUGUAUUUGAAGAAGCAGAGCGUAUAACUUCCGAAAUAAAAAAAGAAGUCCAAGAAACCAAGUUAGUUAGCGUCAAAGUUGACAUAGCUUCAAGACAUGGUCGAUCUUUUUUGGGGUUGAAUCUUCAAUUUAUAUCAAGAGAAAAACUAUCAAUAAGGACUUUGGGUGUUGAGGAAAUAACUGAGAAACACUCUGGCGAAAAUUUAAAAAACCUAAUGUUUAAAAUAUUUGACUCAUUUGAGUUAAGUGUACAAAGUAUAUAUUCUUUUACAUCGGAUAAUGCUACAAAUAUGAUAAAAUUGUGCACCUUAUUGGACAAGGAAAUUAACUCGCAAAUUGAACUUUUAUACGAUCUUGAGACAAUUGGUGAUGACGAGUUAAUUGAACGAAAUACAGAAAAUGAAGAAGAUAACCGGAUAUUAAAUUCUUUGCAAGAGUGCACUAUGUUAUUGCCAGGGUCUUCUAUAAUUAAUAUUCAAUGUGCGGCCCAUACAGUUGGCAAUUGA